CGCAUACCAAGCAUACCGUGUUUGGAGGGAGAUCUCGUCUUUUCAUUCAGCAGGAAACAUACACAGCCUGUAAGUAUUGCGUUGCUACAGUCGGGGCAGACCGAGUAUGACAGCGGUGGUGUGAGACAGCAUUAAAGAUUUCCAACCAAGCCUGACGACUUAACAAAGAAGAAACACAGGUGGAAAGGACACUCGGGACACGUUAAUACGAUUCUUUAUACAUAGAAGGUAUGUACAAAAUGCGAUUCUUUUCAUAGCAUUUUGCGUAACAUAACAGUCUAUCAGAGUGGUGUAGCCCUUAAAAAAGAUGUCACUUCCAGUGCGAACUGCCGCCACGCAGGGCUAAGUUGUGGAGGACGGCACUCGGAUAGUAUUCGGGACGCGGAUCCCAGAGAGACUCGGACUGAGAGCUGUCGCGUUUCCCUUUGGCUGGGGAUGGGGAGUAGGGGACUAGUGCCGGGUCGGUUUUGUGGCAAACGGUCACCUGUGGUUAGAGCGAGGUCUGUCUCGCGGAGCAGGGAUACACACACCAGGACUGUGUCUAAAAUACCCAAUACCGAGAUAGGGCAGUUAUAAAUCGCUCUGGUCACAUACAGGCUACGGGACGGUUGAUAAGACAGCAAGCAUUUCUUUCUAAACCUGGCGGAGAAUGUUCUUUCGGUGACUACCUGGGCCCGCCUGUGCGAAUUCAACAAACUCCCAGUGACAAUCCCGAGGGAUAACCAGCGGUCAAGCCCCGAGGGAGCAAUCCUCGUUUGUUAUCCUUGACAGCAGACGACAAAUUGUCUCCGACGCACGUCUUAAUUGGUGGCACCGGCUAGGGCUCAGUGAUCUCCCCUGUCCAGUCUCGUGGCUCUUGCUGUGCUAGUGGACAAGCAGACGAUACCUGGCCGCAGACGACACGUGUGAGCAGACGAUACCAUUCGCGGGAUGUUUUCAUUGACUCCUGAGCACACUUGGGACAGUCUUUCAACCCACAGUCAGGGCAAUAAGCAGCUUUGUGACUAGUAUGUCCUGUUUACAAACACAACCAGCCACGGGAUCAAGCUUUGUCGUUUCGUGAUUGGAUUUUGCCGUGUUUUAUGAUUGACGUGAGGGGUGAUUUAUCUGGAAUACAGGUAGACAAUUGAAUCUUAUGAAGUGAUAUAUAUGCACAGCCGUCUAAAUAAUGCAGCUCGUCUUCUGCCAAUAUUGCAUUGGAGAAAGACACUGACAAUCUCUGGCUUGCCUGGAUCAAAGACGCUUAAGCAUUUGUUUUUCUUUCUCUGUGAUCUGCACCCCCGAAUUUGCUGAUAUUGCGGAUUAUAACCAUCUGUUUCCCCUCCUGCCUCAGGCUAGGCAAACAACUACCACCAGUUUUUGUGACUUGUAACCUAUCCGCUACUACAGGAUAACAAACUUUUUCAACCAGGCUCUCUAUUGGAUUUACCCUAUAGAUUUCAGGGUGAUUCCGGAGUGUAGAAAGUCGUGUAUCAACUCUUGUGACGGUCGGUGGAAGCACCCCUCCAUCGGGCGUCCGAGUGAGACUGCAGGGAGUUAGUUGUAUGUAUAAGAGCGUACGGCAGUUAAUACAGGCCGCAGAUAACACAUCUAUUAGCCGUGUGUAGGUACUGUAAAGUGUGACAUUUAUUUCGUGGCUGUAUUCAAACACUGGUCAUGUCAAAUUACACGGCCUAUUGCUGCGCUGAUGCCCAUGGCCUGAGCGCACGGAUAUAAUCACUUCACAGCGGAUUGCCAUACCUACUCAGAAGCUUCGGGGAGGACACUGCACGCAUCUUUUCAGUCAGCUUCUGAAAAAAAAGUUGAAAUUAAUUUGGACAAUACCAGUGUUGAGUAUUUAACGCUUCCAUCCCACACUGGUAUGUGUCUUCAGCCUAUUCCAUCUUCAUCCACCGAGGAGAGGACGCUAUACUGAAGCUACGACACCAACAUGCAUGUGAUGUUUCACCUACUCUUCGUCAUCUUGAUGGUGUGUGUGGCGAGCGGCGAUCACUGGGGCAAAUGGUCAAAGUGGAGCGCGUGCUCGCGCACGUGCGAUGGUGGCGCCACCUACCAGAUGAGAAAGUGCAUGAGGAGUUAUCGGUCCGUCCAAUAUGAUUGUACCGGGAAAAGCAUCAGAUACGCCACCUGCAACAACGAACCCUGUGCACCAGGCUCCCUUGACUUUAGAGAACAACAAUGCGCGGCAUAUAACGACGAAAGUUACGGAGGCAAGUUCUACCGCUGGCAUCCCUAUACAGACAGGAAGAACCCAUGCGCCCUCUACUGCGUAGCGUCAGGGCCGAGAACUCUCGCCCUCCUUGCACCUAAAGUUUUAGACGGGACGAGAUGCAGAGACAAAGCAUUGGACAUGUGCAUCAAUGGCACGUGCAUGUCAGUUGGAUGCGACCACAGACUUGGCUCGAACAAGCAUUUUGACUUGUGCGGUCUGUGCGGCGGCAGUAAUGCGUGCCUGAAAACUAAAGGGGUGUUCCACUGGGUGGAGGCGGGUCUCUCUCAUUGCUCCGCCUCCUGUGGUGUAGGUAUCGUGAGCUCUGUGUUCAAGUGCCGGGAUCGAAACACGCAUAAGAACGUCAAGGAUUACAAGUGCCUCCACAGAAACAAGCCCGCUGGAAGGAUGAAGCAGUGCUUUAUCAGAAAAUGUCCCCCAUCGUGGAAGAUUCCCCCUUGGAGCACGUGCAGUCACACGUGCGGAGGCGGGUUUGAGUUCCGAGAUGUCCGGUGCAUGGACAUGAUGACCAGUGGUCAGCUGGAGCGCGUUGAGGACCGCUUCUGUCCUGGACCCAAGCCAUCCACGUCCAAGCCUUGCAAUACCUUCAUCUGCCCCAAGUGGUAUGCGGGUGAGUGGUCUCCGUGCAGUGUGACGUGUGGGUGGGGCUACCAGUACAGGGAGGUGGUCUGCCGUCACGAGGGGGACACCUUCUGCAACCAUUCCAACAGACCACUCACAAGGAAAAACUGCACAACCAACUUCCCAUGCUUCGAUUCAAGUGAUCGCCACUAUGUUGCAGAGCAUGAUGAACACGGCGGGGUGCAGGAGUCGUCGCUUGGAGAGCUCAGACAGGCCAAGACCAAGGAUAGGAACCCGGAUGCAGAGUUCAUGGUCAUACAUGAAGAUGAGGUCAAGGACCAUGAUAUGAGUUCACCAAGGUUCGUGGUGUCGAGCUGGGGGCCCUGCAGCAGCACCUGUGGCCCCGGGACAAGGAGGAGGUACGUGCGGUGUCAGGUCUACCUGGUGUACCUCCAGGACAUCACAGACCUGGCCGACAGCGAAUGUGAAGAUCCCAAGCCGCCAGCCGAGGAGCCAUGCAUGCUGGAGCCGUGCUAUGACAACUACGAGCUGAGAGCAGUAGGGCUAACCACGUGUAGCAGGAGCUGUCUGGGAGGUACCCAAGAGACGAUGCUGCAGUGUAUCCACAAGGAGAACGGCAGUGUUGUAGGACAGGAGUACUGCGAGAGGGCCGCCCAGGUCCCCAUCACACGGAGAGUGUGUAAUGAUGUGCCGUGCCCUCAAAGGUGGCGCAUCGGCGACUUCAGCAUGUGUUCCAGCACGUGCGGCGGCGGGGUCAUGAACCGGAGUGUCACGUGUAUACAGGUGGUCGCCCUGGGGCCGGAGAAGGUCCUCCGCCUCCCUGACGUCAUGUGUCAGCAGCCUGUCCCGGAGAGAGAGCGGGGGUGUAACAACCAGGACUGUCCCGCCGACUGGGUCGUGGGAGACUGGGAGAGGUGUUCAGUGACGUGCGGCGCGGGCAUCAUCAGCCGGAAGGUGACGUGUCAGCGGAAGUCGGCCGAAGAGAGGACCACCCUCGUCACCUACAUGGAAUGUCGGCCCAGUGACCGGCCUCACUCCGAGAAACCCUGCAACCUGAGCGUCUGUCCUGAAAUAAGAAUCAAGGAGCAACAGCUCAGAUUCUUUCAGCUUAAUAAAAUGAAGAAGGUGCGUCUUCUCAUCGGAUCAAAUGCCGCCAUCUUGCCUGGAACGUCUGUUAUAGCCAAGUGCCCAGUGAAAGGCUUCAACAAGCGUAAGUUGGAGUGGUAUAGAAACGGGCGACGCAUUCGAAAUGGCCGACGGGUGAACGUUUCCAAAAAAGGAAAUCUUAGAAUUCGUAAAGGUCGUCCAGAAAGGGAUGCUGGUGUUUACACGUGCAGAGCAAACCACGCCAUCUCUAACCUGACAAUAGUGUUUAGCAACGUCCUUGACCUUUUAAGACAGACGGUAGUUAGAGAGAAGUAUCUUCUCGGAUACCUGUCAGAUGGCUCCCAGGCCGUUAAUUCAGCAUUAUAUAAAGACCCUUUUGAUAGGAAGCAGAAGGCUUUGCAGAUCGUAGUGAGCGAAUGGACACGGUGUUCCGCCAGGUGCAAUGGCGGAAUAAGGGAACGUAACGUCAGCUGUGAGAUCAUCACCAAUGACUAUUUCGAGGAGUUCCCCCUCAAGGUGUGCCGGGGCGCCACCCUGCACGUGCCUCCGGGCAAGGAGGAGUGCAACGUUGAUCCCUGCGUGACAUGGACAUCGGGCAACUGGUCAGACUGCGGCAUAGACAGCUGUGUUCGGGAGAGUUACGCCAUCCACCGACGGCGGGUGAAGUGUGUCCGCCUGGACAACAGCUCGGCGGUGGAGGAGCGGUACUGUAACGUCACCCUGAAGCCCCUCGCCCUCAGCGAGUGCCCCAACAUACACUGCAAGUCCAUGUGGAAUGUCUCCGAGUGGUCCCACUGCCUGGCUGAGUGUGGCGAGACAGGUUUCCAGAGCCGCAGUCUCACGUGUAUCUGGGACUUCACGGGACGACCAGCGGGACGGAGCUGUGAGCGACUCAAGCGGCCAAUAGUCACACAGACCUGCAAUGCCAGAGCAUGUUCCGACAGCUGUAAUGACGAGUCAGACUACUGUAGUAUCGUAAAGCUGAUGAGGUUAUGCCGCUUUAUAAACUUUAGACAAAAGUGCUGUGCAAGCUGCAAAGAUGAAAUGACAUCAUGACAUAACGGAAGUAGUUCGACGUGGGGACUACGUGACCUAAGAUGGUUUAAUCUCGCGAGAUUUGACGAUGGGCGGCGUUACUAACAAGUAAACGUGUGGGUUCAACAGGACAUGAACCUUCGUGAGAUGGAAGUAGCAGAAGCCAUUGUCGCAGAAGAUCCGUGUUUCCAUGACAACGGCACGAAUGCAAAAUCAUGAUUAUCUUGUACAACGUUGAUGAUCCAAACAUCACAGGAACCACCAUUAGAGGAGACAGGUUAAUUAACAUGGGUACAACAGCGAGUGCAGUCCAUAUCUUCCCUCCGCCAUACCUGACACUUGGGGUUAUACAGUCUGAGAUGCAUAGUAAUUUCCAUGUUAAAUGAUAAUACCUUUUCCGUAUAUUACCUCAUUUUACAUUUCAUUGGGGUUUUUGUGCACACAUGUGUUCGUUGUCCUUGUUUUUGGUCACGUACUUAAUGUCCUUGUUGACAGUGAGACCAACCUUGUGGUUUCUGUGCCAUGUCACGAACAUCCAUUUACUAUGUACUCUCUCUUUGUUAUGUCACUGUGUAUUGGCUGACAACAGUUAGUGCAGAUUACUGCACUAUAUUCAACAUGUCUGACAUCGACUGUAAGAAAUAUCUGUUGGUACGGCGUUGUAUAUACAAUUAUAGGUGCUAAGAUGAGUACCUUGAGAACAUACGCAAAUACCAAACACCAGCACGUUAUGACGUCAUUGAUGCCACUAUGACGUCAAACUCCGUAUACUGUAAGUUAUUCAUUAUUAUGUAUAUUCUUUAUGUGUGUUGUGAGCGAAUGUUUUCUAUCGUCACUGGUGGUGACAAUGAUAUUGGUAUGUUUAAUGGUGGUUUGAUGUAGUUCAAACCGUUCACGUGUAUCGUUAUGUAGUUUAUCAUAUAGAUAUUAUUGUGUGUGUGUGUGUGUGUGUGUGUGUGUGUGUGUGUGUGUGUGUGUGUGUGUGUGUGUGUGUGUGUGUGUUUUGCUGGGAUCAACGAACAGCCGACCAGAGUGAGACAUGAUUCCUGUGGGCUCCACUGCACUAGACUGUCUUGACUGUCAUAACAGGGGUGCGUUGCAAACAGCCAAUCGCGAUGUACAAACCCAAAUGGCGGCUUAAUGAAAUUUGAGUUUGACAGCGGAACAAGAAAUUCCUCACUGCUCCACAUUAUAAAAGUAGUCAUCAAUAGUCAUAAAUUCAUCGGCACGUCACCGAGCCUCAUCGAUUACGUUCUUCGUUUGGGCGAGGCACCAGACGCAAGUCGCGCCGCCAUUUUGGAAGAGUGCGCAGGAAUACAAUGUCACAAUGUGACAGUAGAAUGACAACACGUGGUCACAUUUGAUCCGACACUCGGUCUGGUAGCCCUUCUGUUGCAUCAAAAUAAAGCUGCACGGUUGAUAUGACCUUACAGCUUGGUUGUCAUUGCCUGCACCUUUCCUAAUGACAUCGAAUAACCUUUUUUACGUUUGAUAAGGGAUCAACAUCGCCUGGUAAAAUAACUUGGUGAUAACACUGGUCAGCUUGAAUCCGAUAUUAAAAUAAUGCUCAUAUUUAGAUAAUCACAGACUGUUCGUGCUCACACGUGAAUGGUCAAGUCUUCUUGACAGUGGUGUCAGAAUGGACUGUCAUUUAACAUAUACCUGAUCUGGUCAGCGUUUAAAGAGAUAUCCAUGGUCAGUUAAUGUAAGAUGUGACCACGGGAUGACCUGGACAACGCCAAAACGUCACUAUGGCUAGACCUGGUCUGCUGUGACUCUUCAGGGUGGCGAACGUAUGACUCUGUAUCGAAACACACGAACACAGACGAACUAAUUAUCUUGAAAUACUCGUUCAAUUGCUCUCAGGUCUCGGUGCAUUAAGACUAAAAUAGAUGGAGAUAAUAAUAGUCCAAGUCUGGCACAGAAAUGAAAAAAACUAGAAGACUUUAUGCCAGACAUGUUUCUCACUUUUAGUUAUUAAUCGUAAUUAAUUGGGUUCGUUUCUGGAGACUAUUUACCGACUGGAAAACGUGCGUGCACCAGAGGUAAACAAUGGAGGAUUAUGACGCUAACAUGAAAACUGGUGGAGUAUACGUUUAUACCAUUGUGCACUGAGAUGCCGGGUACAGCAUUAUACUAUCAAUAUGCUAGUUGUCAAAGAUGUAUUUGACAAAUCGUUUCCAGCCUUGCAUUUAGUCUUGUGAGCCGUUCAGAUUGACACAUGUGUAUGGACUAAAGCUUCAGUUAUGUUGAGAAUAGUUUUAGUAUUGAAGGAUGUCACGUUAAAACUGAUAUAGGUGUUUACUGGCAAUCAGUAACCGUAUAUUGAGCACCAGGUGUUGUGCUGUAUCGUGUAACGUCAAGGUUUAUUCAGCACCAGGUGUUGUGCUGUAUCGUCUAACGUCAAGGUUUAUUCAGCACAAGGUGUUGUGCUGUAUCGUCUAGCGUCAAGGUUUAUUCAGCACCAGGUGCUGUGCUGUAUCGUGCAACGUCAAGAUAUUGAGCACAGGCGUUGUGCUGUAUCGUGUAACGUCAAGAUAUUGAGCACCAGGUGUCGUGCUGUAUCGUGUAACGUCAAGGUAUAGAGCACCAGGUGUCGUGCUGUAUCGUGCAACGUCAAGAUAUUGAGCACAGGCGUUGUGCUGUAUCGUGUAACGUCAAGAUAUUGAGCACCAGGUGUCGUGCUGUAUCGUGUAACGUCAAGGUAUAGAGCACCAGGUGUCGUGCUGUAUCGUGCAACGUCAAGAUAUUGAGCAUCAGGUGUCGUGCUGUAUCGUGUAACGUCAAGGUAUAGAGCACCAGGUGUUGUGCUGUAUUGUGUAACGUCAAGGUACUCUACUAGAAUCUGACAUAAUUCAACUAGAGUUUUUUUAAGUUAUUUUAUCACCUUUGAUAUUAUAAUAAACCAACCCACUACCUCUUGUGUAUUAGUAUUAUGUGUAAUUGGUUUAAACACACGAUACAACAACAUUAUUCUGGAACGACUUCGUAUAGAGUACGGUCAAAAGAUUAUUGUCGGGAUUAGUGUCGGAAUUUUAACUUGGAUGUUGAUCUUCUUUAAAAUGUUUUGGCCCUUUUGUUUAUUUAUUACCACCACAAGACUUUAAUAGAUAUCGCAUAGAUAGUAUUUCAAUGUUUUCUAACUCAUAUUGUAAUUGCGUUCAGGUGUGAGUGUUCGUGUAGCGUUCGGGAGUAUUUUAUCUUAUCAUGUCGUGUAAUUUUAUCUUUCAUAUUCCGUUUAACUAGCUUUAUAUAUCAGAUGUUGUAAUCUGCUUUCUGUCAAAGUGGUUCAUUCAGGUUCCAGUCGUCUCAUCAUGACUAGAGAGAAAACACCUCCCUCACUGACAAGUCUGGCGAUCAAUCACUAGAGUCAGGUCUUUUGUCGUCAUAAUGUUACUCUCAUGUCAAUUUAUGCAUAUAUUGCAAAAUGUUUUCCUCGGUUCUUUUACAUUUUAUCAUUUAAUGUUUUCAGAGAUAAAUCAUUUUUUUAUAUUUGUUUGUUUUAGACCUUAUUUGAGACUGGUUAUUUAAGCUUGAUUUGUGUUUACUUUGAAACGGCCGCUGUCUUUUUUAUAUUUAUUUAUGAAAUAAGCUGCAACACCUGACGAAAUAAAGUAUGUCGACAGAUCAUCUUUCUGUUUCUAACAAUAUAUUCUCUGUACUACGUUCAUUUGGCCUCUGUACAACAUUGUGUCCACAUCCAUGUUGUCCCGGAACAGAGAGUAGUCAGUAGACGUAGACAAGCAGAAUGUGUCUAGUGUACAGUAGAUGGAUUGUAUGUUACAAUUUGUUUUGUGAUACUGAACAAUUUAGAAUUUGAUAAACCAAAUUGUAAAAAGGCACAGCUUUUAAUUUAUGUCAACAAUAUUCCCCUGGAAUAAAUAAUAAUUUUCA